AUGCGAAGUGUGGUCAGCGAGAGCAAGCCGGCCGAAGCAGCUGCAAGCGACCCGGCUGCGGCCUCAGGGCAGCCCCAGGCGCAGGUGCAGCAGGUGCAGCAGGUGCAGGUGCAGCAGGUACAGCCCAGCCAAACAUCGAGUUCAUCGGGCGCAUCCGCGUCUUCACAAGACUCGGGCAAAGGAGGCAGCAAGGGCCCAGCGGCUCCAAGCAAAGGCAAAGGAGCCAAGGGUGCAAAAGGCAAAGGAAAAGGCGUGCCCCCUCUGCCUGUUGCAAAGGGCAAGGGCAAGGCUCAGCCAAAGGCUUCUGCCAAUGCACUGCCCUUUGGCAAACGCUUGAACAUGAGGGACUCAGGUGCCCUUCCUCAAACAGCCAGAGGCGAACAGCCCAGCAUUUUUCAGGGGCUUUUUGCGAAAAGAGCUGGCCAUGCACAGGAGGAUAUCGAUACCCUCUGCUCCUUGUUCUCGGAGAGCAAAGCAUCUGCGAGCACAGCCCAAGCUGCACCCGUUCAGGGGAAUGUUUCCAAGGCAGCUCCACGGAAAAUCCUGCCGGAUGAGAAGGCGAGGAACUGCGCCAUCGUUCUGCGCGGCCUACCUCUGCGGGGACCUGACCUGGUGGAAGCUGUGAGGUUGCUGGAGCCUGGUCCGCUAGAACAAGAUCAUCUUGAACGACUGGCUGUUAUUAUGCCUGAGCCGAAGGUGAUGUCGGAGAUCCAGAGUGCCGGCGAGGACGGUCUUGCGCCCUUGAGGGACGUGGAGCGGGCCAUGGUGCCUUUUAGCCAGCUGGGGCGCUUGCAAGAAAGGCUCAAAGCCCUCAUACUAGCUGCCAACCUGCAGGGGCAGGAACUAAGACUCAUGGGGCAAAUGCAAGUCGUCAAGGCAGCAUGCAAACAGAUUGGUGAGUCCAGCAGCUUGAAGCACGUCCUGGCCACCGUUCUGGUGAUGUACAAUUAUGUGAACUUUGGACAAGUGGGACGAUCUCAUGCCCAUGCGUUUGACAUUGCGAACCUGCUGCAUCUCAACGAGUUUCGAGCAGACCGUGGAGCACCUGCUCCGUUUCCCAAGUUCUCAGCGCUUCACUACGUGGCGAUGAGGCUUCUUGCUGAUGAGUCUGUGCAGUCCAUUCGCACUCUGAAGACUGAGCUGGGACGUGUUUCGGAAGCCGCCGGCGUGUGUCUCCAGCAUGUUGCGACUUCCAUUGAGCAGUUGAACAAAGACAUUGAGAAACUGCGGGAAGAGCAGCGGGCCAAUGCGAGCGUUUAUGGUGGUGCUGUUGAGGAGCCAGCUCCUCCUUCUCCAGAGCAUGCGCCGCCAGCCACCCCGCCAGUUGCGCGCCGCUUGACAGAGCUGAGCGAGGUCUCGGAAUGUGAAGAAAUCACGCCGAGAGUUGAUUUGGUUCCACAGCAGACUCCUCGUUGUGGUGCCCGAGCGGUGACCUGGCUUCGUCAGGCCAUGGGCCAGAUGGGACCGGCAGAGCUUGGGGACCUCGCACGAGGAGCACCUCAGCAAUGCCCGAGUUCUGCCUGGCUGAUGCUUAACGACGGAACCCGCAUGCGCAAAGUGUAUGUGACCUUGUCUGAGCUGGGCGUCUUGUGCUACGCUGAGAGUAUGGCAAGCCCCGAGUCGGUGCGUUGUCUCCCAGUGAUUGGGGCAAAAGUCUGCCAUGCACAGGCUCCAAACAGUUUCCAAAUCAGCUGCUUGGAGAAACCUGGCUGCGGGAGUGAGAUGGUCUACUCCUUCCAAGCUCCGGAUCUACAGGCAUCUCUAAUGUGGCAGGAAGCCCUGAGGGCUGCUUCCGUCCAGAAGGGAGCCGGGUGGCUGGAAGUACGGAGCGCCUUCAGCUGGAAGUGCCGCUGGGUGGUCGUCCUGACAGUACACCCAAGCCAUUCGAGCCGGAGUGCCUCCAGGUUUUCGGCUGGGAGCCGCUCCUCUCUGUGCGUUGGCUCUCGGUGGCUUCUCUGGUCCUGCAGUCCCGAAGACAUGUUGGUCGGAGAGAUUUGUGGCAGUGUUGAGCUUGGAAGCACAGAGGUCUUCAAUCGAAACUGCCGUGCCCACAGCUUCAGGGUUGGUUACCUGCAGCACAGUCGCGGCGGAGAGGCUCUGUCGAAUCUCUCACUGCGAGCGCGCAGCGAAGCAGAAGUUGACAGAUGGGUUGAGUGCAUACGCUGCUCACAACCUUCGCAGCCAACGCCACCGCCUGUGGUGGACACUCCGUCCUGCUCGCGCGAGCCAAUUUCGCACAGAAGCUCUGAGUGCUCCAUAUCGUCGCCGGGCAGCGUAGGCCAGCGAGUCUUCGUUCCACGUUUGAACUUGGGCGCAUGCUCCCGCCUCGAAAGCGCAAGAAGCAGCCAGAGCAAAGCAACGGCGAGCACAGCGGCCUCCACGCCUUCGCCGCAGAAGGAGACGCGAAAGACAAAGAAGCGAGGGCAGCCGCGAGAAACGCUGUGGACUGAAAUUCAUCGUGACAUCAUUACUCCUAGACCUGGCAUGGCCAGAGCCCCACGCAUCUCAGAAGCGCAGUGCGACGGAUCCAGCUCCGAGGAGACAGAUUCGGGUUCCGAGGGCACCCAGGAAACCACCUCGGAACCAGCUGCUGAACCUGUGGAGCCACCCUGCCGUAGCGGCGCUGCUUCGGACGAUCUGCUCGUGACAGCCCGGCGACCGCUCAAUGCAGACGUGUCGACCUACGAGCGGAUGACAGCACUGGCAGACGAGGCCGAGGGCUCGGCCCAGCGUAUGGCCACAAGCCUGACGGAGACACUGGAGGAGGGCAGACAGCUUCUGGUCUUCUUGGGGCAGAAGCCGCCGGAGAUCACCAGCAGUGAAACAGCGCCAGCAGAACUGGGUGGCAGUGUCCGUGGUGUGUUCGACACUGUCAGCAAGUUUGUUGGCCUUCUGGAAGGCGCUGUGGCAGAUGUGGAAAAGUUUCAGAGAGGGACCGAUGGACGCUCCAGUGCUGUUGCUUCAUCGGUCUCGUCAGCCAACUAUGGCUUCCAUCGACGUCGAAAACGUGCUGUGACCGAGACCGAGCAGUGCAAGCAGUUAGCCCGUGACAGCAUUCUUCGAGCAAUAAGUCGGGCGUGCAAAGUGGACAUGCCCGUGAAAGCCGCAGCAAAGCGCGUGGCAAGACGAGUCACAGUACCAUCCUUACUAGCCUCAUCAUCCUCACCACCACGGCAUGAGGUGAAGAAGGCUGCUACUACAAGCUUCGCAUUCGACGAGCUUGACUGA